CUGCAGCCAAUGCUUCCCUUUUCUGUUCUGUGGUUUUCAGACAUUAGCGCCGGGGCUGCACAAGACCAUCACAUCGCUCAUCCACUGGCCUCUUGACAGUGACGGGGCAGGAUCCCGGCAAUGGCAGCCAUUUUCCUGAGGGAAAGAUCCAAGGUACCAGUAUCUUUUGAGGAUGUGUCUGUAUACUUCACGCAAAAAGAAUGGAAGCUUCUGGACCUUAAACAAAGGAUCUUGUACAAGCAGGUGAUGCUGGAGAACUAUACCCACUUUGUAUCACUGGGACUUGACUUUCCCAAGCCUCAGCUGGUGGCCUAUCUGGAACAAGGGGAAGGGCCCUGGGUAUUAGACCUCUGCAGCGAAGGAGUAGCAGAAUUACAGGCAGGCGAUGGGAUUCAGAGGAAGACGCGGAUUUCAGAGCGCAAACCUUGUGCAGGAGGAGUGCCGGGGGGUCAGGUGGCGAGGUCGGCAGGCGCAUCAGAAGCAUUGUCCCAGAGUCGUCCCCCGACCUUCUUGCAGAACCGUGCCGUGCAGUGUCCCCAGGGCGUGGGGAAGCGCUUCCCGUGUCAGCAGUGCGGGAAGUCGUUCAGCCGCAGCUCCAACUUGAUCAAACACUGCAUCAUCCACAGCGGGGAGAAGCCAUACUCGUGCGACGAGUGCGGGAAGCUGUUCCGGAGGAGUUCGGCGCUGCUGGAGCACCAGCGCCUGCACCGUGGGGAGAAGCCCUUCACGUGCAGCGAGUGCGCCAAGAGCUUCACACGCAGCUCCAACCUCAUCAAGCACCAGAUCAUCCACAGCGGCGAGAGGCCGUUCCCGUGCGGCCAGUGCGGGAAGCUGUUCCGGCGCAGGUCGGCGCUGCUGGAGCAUGCGCGCACGCACAGCGGGGAGCGGCCGUACGCGUGCGGCGAGUGCGGCAAGGCGUUCAGCCGCAGCUCCAACCUCAUCGAGCACCGGCGCACCCACAGCGGCCAAAAGCCCUACAGCUGCCCCGCGUGCAGCAAGGCCUUCAAGGGCAUCUCGCAGCUCAUCCACCACCAGCGCAGCCACAGCGGCGACAAGCCCUUCUCGUGCCACGAGUGCGGCAAGGCCUUCCGCGGCCGCUCGGGCCUCAGCCAGCACCAGCGCGCGCACAGCGGCGAUCGGCCGUACGAGUGCAGCGAGUGCGGCAAGGCGUUCGGCCGUCGAGCCAACCUCUUCAAGCACCAAGCGGCCGCGCAGCGCCGGGGCGGCGGGAACGGGGUCCGGCGUGGGUGUGUGCUGCUGCAGCCUCGGCGGGGCGCCUGCGCGCCAGGGCUGCAGGAAGGCGACGAAGGCCUGGCCGGCCGCAGCAGCCACAAGCCCCACGCGUGCGAGCAGCGCAGCCAGGCCUCCGAGAGCAAAUGGAAGAAGCUGCGGCGUCCCCUGCGCACCCCCAGCGGCCACAAGGCCCAGGCAGGCGGCCAGCACGCAGGGGCUCACGAGAAGUCGCCCCUCAGCCACCAUCUGAAAGCUCAACCCGUCGAGAGAAGUGAAGACAGCCACAGUGCCAGCGUCGUGUAG